UUGAAUGUUUCGAUUAUUAACAUUAAUGUAUAGUUAUUAAAAGAAGAUUUUUUGCGAUAAAAAUUAAAAAUCCCGCCAAAUAUGAAAUAAAUUUUUAUCGUCUGCUAGCAAUUAUCAGUUAACAAUCACCGAUUGUGAAAAUCUAUCAUAAAAAUUUUUUAAAAACGUAUUUAAUACGUGUCUCUUGAUCAUCAAACAUUGCUUCAAGUUUUCGACAACAAAAUGUCAAAAAAUUGUCUAAUUGAGACAGGAAAUAUACUUUCCUUGAAUGAAUUAAAGAAAAAGACCGGCUUAAGUACGAGGGACGAGUUAAUCGAAACACUGAAAAUAGUUUUGCAAGACUCACCAUCCAAUGAAUCAAGUUUACCAACCACGAAUGGAAUCGGAGAAGGGGAUUCGGAAAAUGUGGACAGAAAAGAAUUGAAAAUUACAGUUAAAAUUUUUAUAUCUACAGCGAAAGCGGAAGUUUUGAAACAAGCACUGGAUGAAGUUUUCCGAAUUUUACACACUGAUACAAUAGAAUCAUUGGUAAUUGCAUAUAAAAGUACCGAUGAUUCUGGUGAUAUUUUAACUUCUUUGCAAAGUCUAUGGAGUGUUAUUGAGGAAUUGAAGAAAUCUGGAAAACUUUGCAGUGUUGGACUCAGUGAUGUCGACACUGAAGUGUUUAUACAAUUUUUCCGAGCGGCAAACGUUAAACCGAAUAUUAUUCAAAUUAACUUAGCGUCUUGCUGUGUUGUUCCACCUGCCUUACAAGAAUUUUCCAAGGAAAAUGAUAUACAAUUAUUAACUCACAAUGAUCCGUGUCAAAUAUUGCCGAAAGAAUCUGUAAUGGAAAUUUUUGGCAAUAGUGCAAAUUUGCAUUGGGUCGCUCGUUACCAAAUCCACCUCAGGUGCCGAGGAGUUCUUUCUUCAAAGGGCUAUUUGGUCUAUCUAGACAAACCUACAUAGAAUUUUUACAGUGGAUCUGUUUUGAAGUAAUUUUGUUUCUUUUUAAGUAAUUAUUUUGAUAUAAUUGUGUGCGUGUGCGUCAUAAGAACUUCAAUCUCAAAAAAGCAAAUAGCACAAAGUUUCAGCACACGCCAAAUAAGCAUUUAAAUAUUUGAGAGACACAGAAACUUAGCAGCUAAAAAUCGUACAAAAAUGAACAAUAAUUGAUUUAAAAUUAAAAUGUCUUUUGAAUUGUAUUAUAUUUAAUAUUUCUAAUCAGUUAUUUUAUCUGAAUGACAUUUUGUUUGAGUGGGCACGAAAUAAGAUGUUGCCAUAAUACUGUUUGAUGAUUAUAUGAAAAAUAUUUUACUCACGGUGUAGAUACUCUAUCGAAAAAACUAGUUUAUAGAUAAUUUAUAUAUGGAAAUGUAAUAAAUAUUUUUUUGUUAUAAAUGGAAAAA